AUGGGGGCAAGCCAACAGCGAGCGUCAAGGCCUGUCCUCUUGAGUCUUGCGAAAGCCCGUCUGCCCGACCUGUGCAGGUUGCGCCUCUCAGGUUUCCUCUCGUGCAAUAUAAUGGUGUCAAGGCCUGUAGUGCUUGUCUUCCUGUUGGUGAUACUCAUAGUCACGUCCCAGUUUGAAUGGAAGCAACAGCUUGUAAAUGAGUUGGAAUCUAAAGCUCACAACCAGAAACAUGUUUCAAGUAGAGAAGAGCUUGUCAAGGAUCAGAUAAUCUUCACUCAAGAAAAGAUGAUUCAGAAAUUGAAUAAUUUUAUCCAGAAUCUCCAGCAACAGUUGCUGCAGUGUCGUGGCAACAAUAGGACAGUCAAUCCUUCUGGAACUUCUUUGACAUCCUAUAUUAGUGAGAUCCAGAGGCCGCGGAUGAUGGAUGACUGA